AUGCCGGAGGCGGCCGCGGUGGAGCGGGCCGCGGCCGCGGAGGUCCGCAGCGCCGCGGCGGCCCGGGCGCGCGCCGACGAGGAGGGGGCGCGGGCGAGGGCCGCGGAGGAGGCGGCCAGGGCCGCGGAGGAGGCCAGGGCCGCGGAGGAGCGGGAGCGGGCGCGGGCCGAGGCGCGGGCGAGGGCCGCGGAGGCGGAGGCGCAGGCCGGGGAGGAGGCGGCGCGGGCGGCGGCCGCGGAGGAGGCGGCCAAGGCCAGGGAGGAGGCGGCGAGGAGGGAGCUGGAGGAGUUCCUGCUGAAGACCGAGAGGGAGAGGGCCAAGGAGGGGGGUGCCAGGCUGACGCCCUUCGAGGAGAAGGCCAGGGCUGAACGAGAGAGGCAGCUGAAGGCCCUGGAAGAGAAGGCGGACGCCGCCGAGGAAGAGACGAGGCAGAAGGAAAACGAGGCCAGAGCCGCGCACGAGGCGGCCAGGGCCGCAGAGGAGAGGGCGCGGGCCGAGGAGGCCAAGGCCGCGGAGGAGGAGGCCAGGGCCGCGGAGGAGAGGGACAGAGCCCAGGCCGAGGCGCGGGCGAAGGCCGCGGAGGAGAGGGCGCGGGCCGAGGAGGAGGUGAAGCGCGCGAGGGCUGCCGAGGAGGCAGCCAGGGCCGAGGAGGCGAGGGCGCGGGCCGACGAGGCCAAGGCCGCGGAGGAGGCGGCCAGGGCCGCGGAGAAGAAGGAGCGGGCCGAGGAGGAGAACGGACUUGCGACGGCCGCGGAGGAGGCGGCCAAAGCGAUCGAGGAGACGGCGAGCGCGGAGGUGGAGGAGGACGUCGACAUGAAGCUGGGCCUCAUGUGGAAGCCGUGGAUGGAGAAGAAGCGGGCGAAGACGCAGCCUCCCCCCGGGGAGUCUGGUACUUCUUGAGACGAGGGCAAGGUGGAGAAGGGAGGACGAGGACGAGAAAGAGAAGGAAUGGGCAGCCCAAUCGACCGAUGAGCUUGGCACCGCGGGGAUGCUGGGCUGCCGCGUGUUCGACUAUGCCUCCGUUGGCUCCACCGUCGCCGUGACACCACGUAGUGCUCAUUGCUUCCAGCUAUCGCUGCGACAGGGAGCGCCUGGCUUACGCCCAGACCCUCCAGCAGUGCAGAGCCCUGGUCUCCCUCGGGCGUCUCAGGAGCCUCGCCGAGGCACCCGCAGGUUUUGCCCCCCGACUCCUCCCUCCUCCGGUCCCUCCUCCCUCCUCCCUUCGGCAAAGGCCGCUCCCCCCUCACCGUGACGCCAGCUGUGUCGGAUGACUCGGACAUCGCCCGCCAGAUGCAGUGGUAUGGCGUCUAGUCUCCCUCGUUGGCCGAGUUUUUCAACCCUAUGGUCAUCACGCUUGCGGAUGGCCCCAAGUCAGGGCCGUCUCCCCUCACACUGCCCGCGCGCGGUGCGCGGAGCGCGCCGCCGCGGCGCCUCUCGGGGCGCGAGGUGCCCCAGGAGAGGUCCGCGCGCAGACCCCACCCCCGCGCCCCCUGAGGGCUUUGGGGUGGCUCGGACGCCGCGCGGGUACCCUCGGCGACUCGAAA